CCAACGUAGAAUUGAAAUAAAAAUGGUGUGUGCCUACUAUGGACAGGUUAUGUGGUUUUGUUGUAUGAUUGAUUAUUAAAUGGAUGGUUGCCUUCUUGCAUAACUACUGAUUUGUUUCAUCAGUAUACUUUUUUUAACCCUAUGUGAAUCUGCCUUUGCAUUGCAUGGUAUAUUAGGUAAUUUUUGUUUUGCAAAAUCUGCCGCCUUAAGAUCGACCCUCUUGGUUAAAAUAUCAUUAGUUAUAUACUGUAAUUCGCUAUGCCUAUAUGGUGCCCUCUAGAAUCGCCCACCAAUAUUCAAACACUUGGAAGUGACCAGAGUAUUGUGUUUAGUUUUUUUCCCCCAUCAUCUCUUUGUCCAAUGCUGGCUACUCUUCAUUGAUUGCAGAGAAGAUGAUUGUUGUGUAUCAAUCAAAAUGUUUAUUGUAAGAAGUUGUGUGAUGAUUAAAGUUCACAACUUUUGAAAAUGAACUGAAAAAUUGUGUUUGAGUCAAAUAUUAUGAGGGAAGUAGUUCCUGAAAAUUCAUACAAAGAACCAUGAUAGACCAAAGAAGUAACAAAAUUAUCGUGUCACUUUAGUUAAAGAGUUGGGUCAAAAUUUCACUAUAGGUUGUGUGAUUUUUGAUGGAUUAGUUUGUUUUCAUGGUUGAAUUUUGGUGGAUCAUGAUCCACAUCAUGGACUCUGCUCAAUCUUCUAAUGUAAAUAAUCAUGAGAAUAAGUAACUUGCGUAAUUUUCGGUUUCAUUGUUUUUAUGAAUUUUUCAAAUCUCCAUAAGUUCAAAUGAGGACCGCUAUGGAUCACAAGGGAGCUAUGAAGAGCAAAGGUACCCAGUGGACAGAAAGGGACUACGUUUCACCCCCUUUGUUGCUCUUUUGCCUCAACUUCUGUACUCAAUUUUCUUUGAAAUUUGGAGUGGAAAUUCUAUCUGUUAGGCGAACUGGAGCAUUUAAACUGCAUGAAGUAAUCGAUAUAUGUUCUGACCCUACUGCUAUUUAUCAAUAUGGUUCUAUUGAGCUUGGUAUUCUAGAAUCUAAAGUUCGAUUCCUUUUAUGUUGGGUUAAUAUUUUCGUAUGGGCUGAACUUUUAUCAAAAUAAACAUCCUGGCCAAUCUUUUUGAUCUAUAACAUCCUGGCCCGAACUAUACACCAAUAUAAACAAUUUGGCCAGAACCGACUUUUGACCGUUAACUUGGACGGUCAAACGCGUUGACUAACGGUCAACGCGCCACGUUCUGCCAAGUCAACAAUUUUCACUUAAAUUUUUUUACAAUUUCCACCUAUUAUCAUUUUUUUAUAUUUUGAACGCCAAAAAAAAGUUAAACAAAAAUAAAUCAAAUUAAAAAAAUAAACUCUUCAUCCCCUCUCUGAUCCCUUUCACUCCCCGCUGUCAUCUGUUCUCCAAAAAUCAUCUUCUGCUUAUCCUUCUUCCAUCACAAUCAACUGUAAAUGCCCCAAGUGUAAAGUCCAAUCCAUCUCCCCCGUCACCGCACCAGAGAACCUGGGUGAUUAUCCCCAAAAUUCCCAAAUCGUAAAUCAAAUAAAAUCUGAAGUCCAAACCUUUACUCGUCAUCAUCAUCGCCAAACGGAGGGAAAUGAAAAGAUUGGAUAAUGGUGAGCUUCCCUCCAUCCAUGGCGGCGAGUGCGAAAAUGGUGGUACCAAGGUCGAUUCCACAACUUUUCGCUCACCGCCCUUAGUGGAUCGUAGCUCCUCUGCCCUCUUUCGCUUGCUCCCGCUGCCGUCGUCGAGCCCCAGGGGAGGAAGGAAUCAGGCUCACCGACAAACUAGCAACAGCAAGAGGCCCGCCGCCGGGCUCGAGAAGAGGCAAUCGAGCGGGAGUGCGGGCGAAUGAGCCGGAGUGAGGGAUAACAUAGAGGGAUUCAUUAUCCUCUUUGAUCCCGAUCAACUGAUUGAGGACCUCUCUCUCGUUCAAAUCACGGAUCUAGGGUUUCAAGUUCUCAAAUCGUCGCCGAGUUCCUGGAUCCAAUGGCAAUGGAGUCGUCGGAUGGGGAAGAUGAAGGGAAAUUACGGGAGGAAGCCAUCAUCUGGUUGUGGUGGACGACCUGAGAGAGCUGGUGAACAUUCAAUUCCAUUUGGAGAGGAGACAACAACAGGGAGUGAAAGGGAUCAGAGAGGAUGGAAGGGGGUUUGUUUUUUAUUUUGUUUAAUUUUAGUUUUUUUUGGUUCAAAAUGUCAAAGAAAAAUGAUAAUAGGUGGAAAUUGUAAAAAUAUUUAAGUGAAAAUUUUUGAUUUGGCAGUGACGUGGCGCGUUGACUGUUAGUCAACGCGUUUGACCGUCCAAGUUAACGGUCAAAAGUCGGUUCUGGCCAAAUUGUUUAUUUUGGUGUAUAGUUCGGGCUAGGAUGUUAUAGAUCGAAAAGAUUGGCCAGGAUGUUUAUUUUGGUCAAAGUUCAGGCGAUACGAAAAUAUUAACCCUUUUAUGUUCUAUAACCGCUACUUUUCUUUCGUACGGUUUGGUGGUUCGAUAGUAUUAUGCUUUUGCAUAAUUAAAACGCAUGAUUGGUUUCUCUAUGAUGAUAAUCUCAUUUGUAGGUCUUACAUUACAGGAUUGGGAAAAGGGAACAAAGAUGAAUAGUGAUGGAAGAUGUAAGGAACAAUGAAAUACAGCCUUCCCGGUCUCUCAACAAUGACGACUUGCUGUUAUUGCUCAUAUCAUCAUCAUCAUGAUUUUGCGUGUAAGUCUGAUAGCACAAUUCUCCGCUCUUUGGUUUCAUAUUAGUUACUAAGAGGUUCUUGAACUACUACUCAGCACUCAAAAUUUUGAAUACAGGAUUGUUCGAUGGCUUGAUGAGACCGACUUUGACAAGCACUAAGUGGUUACAGCUUAGAGUGGUUCCCUUUGUUUUGUAUUUCCGGUUAACAUGUGUUUUUUUGUACAUGGUUGCUAAUUUUUCAGAGUUGUGAAUUAAGUGAAUGGGAGGGAAGAAAAUGCUAUACCAAAUUGUAAUUACUAUUCGGAUGCUCCUUUAACACGUUUCCAUCAGGUGUCUUUAAUUAUGCAGAUUAUCUCAACGACAUUUGACCUUCUCUUUGGUGAUAAUGUAGCAACUGCACUGCUUAAGCAAUCUGUCAAGCAUUUCUCGACCUAAGACUGCCUGCCUUAGUUCCACUGUAGGGAACUGUUUUUGCAGUUGACAUAAGACCAAUGCUGAUCAACCGCCUACACUUGUGGUCGUCUCAGUAUGGGAUCCCCUUUGAUUUUAGCAAAAAACAAUACCAUGUCCUGUGUUUUCUUGCUCCUACGUCUGCUAUCAAAACCUAGAAUUCUAUGUGCUUUGACACGGUACUCAAACAUGUAUCCUAUUUCGUAUCUCUAACCAUUCUGCUUGAAUUAAUAAGUCCAUUUUCCGUUAAUCUCCUCAUAAAAAGUCUCUUCGUACUUUCCACCACAUCCAGUACAAAUAUCCUGAUAUCAAGUUUACAAUAUUUUAAAGUUAAUCACACAUUAUUCACCAACCCGCUGCGAAGCGCAGGCUUUCCACCUAGUUUAAUAUUAAAAUGAUCAUCAUUGAAAACUAACAUGGAAAUUAAUCGCAGAAACUGAGAGGAAGAUAACUAUCAACCACUCCAACGGGCACAUAUGCAUGGUCAUUAAACCAUGAUUAAUGAAAGUUCAAUACGUUAAUCCGUAAAUUUAAACCACAAAACGUAGGUAGACCUACGCCGACCGAAUGGUGUAGGCGGCCAAACAACGUUGUUUAGAUCUCAUUUGAACGGCUGGACAGUGCCGAUCAGCAGGGUCUGAUGCACCUCAUGUACUCGUCCCAACCACAGCAGUUGUCACUUGUCAAUGCCUGUUAACGAACAAAACACUUUGUCUCAA